AUGUCGACCACCACCACUACCACCGCUCUAACGUCCACCACGCUCAUCGGCACGCUGCCCUCUAUGGCGGGCGCUGCCGCUCUCGUCUCCGGAAAGGCCUGUCCAACUUGCGGCCAGGACGGAUUUCUCGCGGCUGGACAGUCCACUAAUGAUACCCGACGUCGAGCGAAGGACCUUGAAGGCCAAGUCAACGCUCUGAACCUGCAAGCAAUGCAAAUGGCCGAGAAACUGGCCGCAUACGAAGAAGAAAUCCGACGACUGCGUGCGCAACCGUCAUCCCGAAACAACACAUCCGUGUCAUCCACCGCAUCGACGCAAAUCGACCGGUCCCAAUCACCUACUCACCUACAAACAUCCCCGAAAUCGCAACCGGGCCGACUUUCUACUCUUGCCUCUUUCCUCCCCUCCCGUCGACCGAGUGCUACCAGUACCACCCAGGCUCAGCCAGUUGCUUCGCCUCCACCACCGGAGCCCGUACAGCCGACAACCACCCAGGAGGAGACAGUGGAGUUACAAAAUGCGUUGAAUCGGGAGCAGAGUCUACGUAAAGCCGCAGAGAGCCAGUUGUCGCAGGCGAGCACGGAACUGGAGGAACUGACAGCGCAGCUGUUCAGCCAGGCGAACGAGAUGGUCGCGCAGGAACGCAAGGCACGAGCUCGGCUCGAAGAGCGUGUCGCGGUACUGGAACGUCGAGAUGUCGAGAAGCGCGCUCGACUGGAGCGCUUAGAGAAAGCGAUGGCACGCGUGGAGCGGAUCCGAGCGAUGGUCGGAUAG